AGUGUGCCCCCUUACAUCAGGUGUGCCCAUCAAAGUGCUCUUUUACAUCAGUUUUCCCCAUUAGAGUGCCCCUUUACAUCAAGUAUCCCCAUCACAUUGCCACCUUACAUCAGGUAUUCCCGUCAGAGUGCCCCCUUACACUCAAAGUACUCCUUUCUAUCAUAUUUCCCCAUCAGAGUGCCCCUUUACAUCAUAUUCCCCAUCAGAGUGCCCCUUUCUAUCACAUGUGCCCCUUUCCACAGUAUGUGCUCUGUUGACAUAAAAUGGCCCCGUCAG